UGUGUGCGCGUGUGAUUGAUUAAAAAUGGAUGUUUGCUUGCAGAUAAGUCCCAAGAUGCAAAAAAUGGUUCCCUGGCUUAGGACUAGGCAAAAGGGUUUCUAUAAGCCCAAAACUAUAUCAUGCAGUGCUAAAAAUGUGGCCAUACAAAAAGUAGACACCAAUUUCUAUGAAGUUCUUUCUCUUGAUUCAGAGAAUGUAGGUUUUGAUGAAAUCAAGAAGGCUUAUAGAACAAUGGCUCUUCAGUACCACCCUGAUGUGUGUCCUCCAUCAACCAAAGAGGAGUCCACCAUGCGGUUCAUUGAGCUCAGAAAGGCUUACGAGACACUGUCUGAUCCGAGUUCACGCAGAAUGUACGAUUAUGAGUUGGGUUUGGUUGAUUCGUCAUUAGGAUGCUGCAGUGUAAAAGAAAGAGGAUCAACUUUCCCUAAGGAGGUGUGGGAGAGGCAGCUCUGUGGGCUAAGAGAGCGGUCUUCAGAUCGGAUGGAGAGGAAGAGAGCUUGAUAUAUUAAUGCUAAUUUGUUUCAUUUGUUCAUAAUAUUGUUUUAAUGUAUUCCAAUCAUUAUUCAACUAUUUACAAAACUUAUGAUGUUUAAAUUUCAUUUGAAGGAACAAUAACCUCCCACUUCCUCAAUGAAUUCUAUAUGUAAUAAGUACUUUGCUUUACAUUGGUCAUGGACAACUAAUUAGAAUAAAAUUGUACUAAUUCUCAU